GGCGGCGCUAAGAUCGACAAAAAUGGCAAUAUGGCGGCGGUCAUGUUUACGUUUACUGAGUUUAAACUUCAUUUCAGCUAAGAAUAACGUAAAUUCACCAAGAAAAACACAAUGGCCGAAGAAACGGACGAUUUGGAGCAGCAGUGCGAGGACGCAGUCUUCCAAAUCUGUUGCACGCGGGAACGCUACUCUGUCCGUUGUGCCAAUCAGCUGGAAAAGUAUUUAAACCUCAAGACGAAAAUAAAUACUGCUCCUAUGCAAAAGCCACCCGUUCCAGAUUUCAAGACGCCAGUCUUGACGGAAGAUCAGCAAGAGCUUUUUAAUAAAUUCUCAAAAUCGAAUGACAGCAAAGUUCACCAGUCAAAUUUAAAAAAUGACAUGCGAAUUAUUUCAAGCAGAUUGAAAGAAUUGAAGAGUAUUAUUCACCAGAUUGAAAGAUCGCGAAAAACCGAUAUUCACAAAUUAGUAGAAGAAUAACACAAUAUAUUAUGACGAAUUAGUAAUAGAGGAUUUUUAUUUAUUCUUGCGAAUAAGGCAGGAUCAUUGGCUAGCAAGUUUGGGAAGAGGUGUAUGCUGUUAAGAACGAAAAUAAGACUUAGUAUAUUUAACUGAGUUGUUGUUUAUUUAAAUAUCAUUUAACGUUCAUAAAAUUACAAGCACAUUGUGUUGUAUAUAUGAAAUGUGUAAUGGUCAUUUACACUGUAAUAAAUGUGCAUCUACAUGGAAAAGCUACCUUAAUGGAAGAUCAAAAUUUUUUCAUAUGUUUAAAUUACAUCACCUUCUUUAUAAAUCAAACGCUUAAUCUUGCUAAUGAAAAUUACAAACAUCGCUGACAAAAAACAUAAAAUAUAAACAUGUUUCAUGUUCUAUACUGAAAA